AUGGGUGAACUUGAAGGUCGUAUUUUGGCAAGGCAACUCGGAAGGCAUAUCCGAUUGAAAUAUGCAACCGGUGUUUGCAGCCAUACCGUCUUUCAUCCCCUUUUUCUGAGCCUCGUCUCAUUGAAAAUCACUGUUAUGAUUUCCGAUUUUCAAAUUUCUGGUGUUUCUUUGUUCGUGUUUGUCUGUACUUUUGGAGCAGGGAACCAACAUAACAGUCGGUGUGCGAUUGAGGUAAGUAAUUGUUCAAUAGAGGCGAAAUUGAUGGUCUAUUUUGCCCUACUGUGGAGUUUUGAUCAUGCCUACAACCUGUUUGAUGAAAUGUUUCAACUAAUAACGCUCCAUUUAGCAGAUGUAAGUAGGUCCUUGAUUUUCAAUGUUAUGGGAUGGGAGGUUGUUGCCCUUGUGCCUAAAUGUGAAGUUGAUGGUGAAAUGGGUGAUGCACACAUGGCAAUGCGAGAGAUAAAAUAUAGUCUGAAUCAAGUAAUUUUCAAAUUUGACUUAGGUUUUGUUGGUUUGUUUUCGAUUAACUCAAAGAAAGACAAGAUGGGUAUUAUGUUGUUGUUGGAGGAAUUACUCCAACACCUCUUCGAGAAGGCAAGUCUACUACCAAUGUUGUGGCAAGAUUCUGAGAACAGAACAUUAUUAUCUAAUUUGCUCAUUAAGAAUUCUUCCCAGAGACCAAAGAUUCUUACUGUUGAAGACAACCUAAUGGUUGUAGGAUGCAAGUAA